AUGUCUAGCAUUUAUUAAGAGUUGACUCCAGGCAGAAAUUCGGCUGGUCAUUGAAUUCAAACACCCUACGAUUAUAGACCCUCGCAGAUCAUUAUACACCAAAUUCGAGCGCUUAUUCCUGUAAUAGAAGUUAUAUGAUCUAUACGACAGAAUCCAACGAUUGGGAGUCUGAUAGAUAAAAAUCGCCUAUCAUGUUUGAUGUUCUGUGGACUGAUCCCAACCGGGAACUUGUUGGUGAGAGAAUGGUGAGAAAAGAGCAAGAGGCAAAGAUGAAGGAUCAGGAAAGAAAGCAGAAUCCAGGUAGCAACCGCCAAUCCACCUCAACCGACAGCUCGACUUCAAGUGAUCGUGGUUUCGGGCUCUUUACGACUAGGAGCCGAAGAAAGACCCCAACACCAUCUAGACACAAGAAUUCGCCCGCAUCACCAGCUCUUUCAGCUAGUAGCUCUAACAGAAUUAAUCGGUCCUCGGCGUUCUGUGUAAAAUCUUUGCUCCUUCACCAGGAUGGCUCCGAGACUACUGUCAAACCUGCCGAGGGCGGGUUUCUCCCUGUGCAACUUCCCGAGAUUGUUGACGCUUCCAGUAUAUCGUCCCCAGACUCCACCCUCUCGAAAUGGACACAGCCAUCCGCUGCUACUGACAGCACGGGCGCUGGAGCCUCGGCAAGUGACAUGAUAUACGUUCCCAAACCAGAAUAUCUUGUUCAAACUUUAGGACCGUCCUCGUUCAUCACUAGGACUACCGAGGUCACAUAUUCGGCCCGUGACCCGGAAUCAGAUAUUGAACAUAUGAUUUCCGAAGUCCACAUCUCCGCUGAUCGGACAAAGGCUCCAACGCCGCCUAUGCUACCAGACUUGCCUGAGAGAGUGAACCCCUUGGCAUUUGAUGACCCUGGCUCCAUGUCAUCUCCAUCUCAAUCACCUCAAACCCCGCCCCCUAUCGAGCUCCGAAAUAAUAUCGGUAUUUAUACCCCGGGCUGGAGCGGCAAUGAUAGAUUGGGUAACCCAGAUGCUUGGAAACCUCCUCAUGAGUGGGAUUGUACUCUUGCGAAGGAAAAUGCAGGCUCGUCGGAGGAGGGGAAGCCGCCUAGUCCUUCGGGGAGCGACGAUUCGGAUCAAUGCAUGUCUCCAAGUCUCGCAGCGCUACAGCGUGAAGUCAGAAUGAUGGCUGCGGCCAGCCCAGAACUUAUGCUCGCCAACAUCAAGUCUAGCAUGGGGCAUGCGCCAGACGCUAUGGUUUACAAAGAGCUCGAAAUGGCCAAACAACGUUGGCUAUUUUCUGCACUACAACAAGAAGGCUAUGCCACGUUGGUAGAGAGAGUGAAUGGAAGCCCAGAAGUUUCAAGUUCGGCGAAGUCUCCCAGACCGCCCAAAAUCCUCGCGCUAUACGAAACCGAAGCAUCUGCUUCCUUUCUUGCAGCUUUACAUCCACAGGCCUCGAUAUCUCAUCUUGGACCCAAACCAAUAUCACCAAACCUAUUCCCAAAUGUUCACCCGAUAAUGGUGCCAACCAUAUCUGCCUCUGCAGGUUCUCGAACACUUGCACCCCAACUUUACUCGACUGUGACUUGCUUACAUAUGCCUGCCCUGUUCCCUUCAAGCGAAAUUCCACCAUUGCUCCGUCAUGUUUAUCGCUGUUUGACUCCUGGUGGUGCUCUGCACCUAACUUUAAUUGACCCUACACCAAUAUCCUCUUCAAUGGGACCGAAGUUGCGGCAAUGGCUUUUCGACAAACUCCUGAUACAGCUUGAAAAGCGUUGUCGCACGACUUACCCUAGUGGCACAUUUCCAGCUUGGCUGGCAGUCGCGAAACUCCGUGGGUCCGGAAGUACUAUCACGACGGUUUCGGUGCGGGCUGUGCAUGAGGGCGCAACCACAGCGGAGGAUGGGGGUGUCCAAGUGCCCGUGGAGAACGAGCUUCGGUGCCUUAUUGCGAGAAUGUUGUGGCAGGAGAUAUGGGGGAAAUAUGUUCACGCAGAUCGAUGGUGGUGGGAGGAGGAAGAGAUAAUCCAGGAAUGUAUCGAACGAGGGACUUACUGGCAGUAUUCCUAUAUUGUUGCCGUCAAAGCCAAGUAAAUGGCAUAGCUGAAUCGUCGCCUAUCGUGCGGGAACUUGGAAGAUGUUGGAAUGCGAUAUUGGAACAUGGAGAAGAAUGGCUCUCGCACCAUCUCAUCGCAUAAGCGUUUCGGGACGAAUGAUUCUAAUUAUUCAACAAUAUUCCGUCCUAUACUGACGGAACUGCUACAUGCCUCCAGAGCAGUUCAUAUGCGAAAAUCUGCUAUACUCCUUGCCAUGAGGAUAUACGCUACCUAAUUUACUAAGGUUAAAUGGUUUUAGUGGAAAGAUACCCGGAUGCAAGUUUUGCAACAUCAAACUAUUACCUAGUAACUA